GUAAAAUGGCAACUCGGAAGAAUUCAACGUCUAGUGGAAGGGGCAAAACUUUUGGAACAGCGAGUGGAACUCGAAAAACAAGCGAGGGAGUUUCUGUGGAUUCUUUCUCUCAGGCACGAAUCAAAGAGCUUGAGCAUCAAGUUUCAGAUCUAAAGAGACGCCUCGAUGAGCUACGCAAAGCCAAGAACACUACAAUCAUUAAAAAGAACAAAGAAUAUAUAACCACUGGUACACCACAUGCUGUUGGUGAGAGUACAUCCACUGGAUCGCCAGACCUCCCUGAACACCGUAAAGAGAGAACCAGGUCUUUGGAUGUAGACCUUCAAAGCAAGAUGCAAGAAAGCAACCAGCAAGUAAAUACAUUGCAUGAAAAUAUUGCAGCCUUAAAGGAACUGCACAAAGUGGAGCUGGAAGAACUUAAAAGGGAAGUUGAGAAACAGGCCAAAGAGUCAGACUCGACUCUUGCAGCUGAACUAGAAAAAGUAAAACAACAAAACAAGGAACUUCAAGAAGAAAACAAAUUGCUGCAUUCGAAGGGAAUAGAUCUUCAGUUGCAAAUUGAUGAUUUGUUAGAGGAACUGAGCAGGAAGGAAGCUGAAUGGUGUUCAAAAGAAGAAAAGCUUAUGUUAGAGGUAAGCUUUAGACCCUUGGGGGACUCCAAUAUUAAAAGGAAACGGGUGCUCGUUAGGAAUUUUGAAAAGAACCCCAAGAGGUGCCAAGAUCCUGCUUUGUGGGCGUGUCUUGUAAUUUCUUUCACCCCUAAGAGGUACCAAUUCUAGAACAACACAUACUUUAAUAUUUUGGGGGGCUCAAUGCCCUGAAAGGUACCUUAAAAGCUCCUGCUGUGGACCUUUUGAGGCUGAACAGCCAAAGACGUACCAAAACCGCUUUUUUAACCCCCAAAAGGUAUGACGAGCACCCCUGUGCUUUUUAUAUGGGAGUCACCCCCCAGGACUAUAGACUUCUACAAUGGAGCAUUUCUUUUCAGUUUCGGUUUCAGUUGAUUGCAGCUGACAGUUAAGUUGUGCCAAUCAUCUAUUUUCAACAUAGUUGGAUUCAUUGGCUUGAGGAAACAAUCUUUCGGUUCUAUAUUUUUCAACCGUUCAGAAUGUUAUCUGCUAAUUAAAUGUUUUUGUUUCGCUAAAGUUUUGUGGCAGUUUGUUGUAGUCCUUAAAACAGCCUUCAGUUACUUUCGGCUUGAUUCGUACUCUCUGAUGUGCGGUAAAUUUCACCGAUCCGUGCACAGCUAAUCAAAGCGUAACACUACGGCUUGUUAUUGUCGGAAACUUGAUCAAAAAACGUCACUCUGUCUCUCUACUUUUCCUUUAAAAGCUACAGUAAAGUUUGAGUCGGUUUAUGUGGCGUACGUUUUUCUAGCGCGUCUGAGAGCUAUUUUAUUGAUUUUCACCAUAAUUGGCGAGGUUUAUUUCGCCGGCGGUAACUACGUUGUGCCUUACGCGCUUCUUAGCAGGUCCCUUUUAACGACGAACAAACCUGUCAUUCAACAUUUCACGUCCCCAAAAUACGUAAAUUCACGACUCACGAUGACACCUUUCCCUUCUCCCCUGUCAAGCCAAGUUGUCUUUUAUGAGGGAUCGGUAGAGUCAGAUGGUUCAUCCCUUUAGACUCACAGCUUACGACCCAUCCCCACCCUAUGACAGAUUCCCCCUAUCGGCCUAUGAAGUGGGAUCCAGGGCUCAAAUCAAGUCCCAUCCAACGUAUGCUGACACGUGUUUGCUGACCAAAUUGUGAUUUCAAGCCAAAAAGUAAACUUAGGCAAGUACUCAACCGUUCCGGGCAGGCUGCGUGGAAUUCAUGUUUUUCGUUUGUUUGUUUGUUUGUUUGUUUGUUUGUUUGUUUGUUUGUUUGUUUGGUUGAUGGUUGGUUGGUUGGAUACUUUUCCUUUACGUGACUUAUAAUGAAAUAUCGCAUUUUCUACAUUUUGC